CCAGCGGUCCUCGCGGCAGAGAACGGCUGAGUCACCUGAUCAGAAUGCGGGAGUUGAAAUGGCGGUCCCCAUGCUGCGUUGGGUCGGCCCUGGAAGACGUUGUGCUUUAGCAUGGGUGGACAGAAGUUCCCGCCACCGAAGAGAGGCCCCGACUGGGUCAACGUCCAACGGGACGAGGGAACAGAGUUCAGUGGCUCAGCAACCCCUCCGCACGGCCCAGAAACUGAGGAAAGGUGAACACAAGUGGGCAGCUGUGGUAGGAUUGGAAAUUCAUGCCCAAAUCUCCUCCAACUCCAAACUUUUCUCUGGAUCUGAAGUGUGCUUUGCAGCUCCUCCAAAUUCUUUGGUUUCCUUUUUUGAUGCAUCUCUGCCUGGAACUUUGCCGGUUCUCAACAGGCGGUGUGUGGAAGCGGCAGUGAUGACAGGCCUGGCGCUGAACUGCCACAUAAACAAGAAGUCCCUGUUCGACAGGAAGCACUACUUCUAUGCUGACCUCCCCGCAGGGUACCAGAUCACCCAGCAGAGGCUCCCGAUAGCUGCCAAUGGGAACCUGAUGUUCGGAGUCUUUGUGGGCAGUAAGCGGAGUCACAUGGCCACCAGGACAGUGAGGGUCAAGCAGAUCCAGUUGGAGCAAGAUAGUGGCAAAAGCCUCCACGACGACCUGAGGUCCCAGACACUCAUUGACCUGAACAGGGCAGGAGUUGGCCUUUUGGAAGUGGUCCUGGAGCCUGACCUGUCCUGUGGAGAAGAGGCAGCCACGGUUGUCAGGGAGCUGCAGCUGAUACUUCAAGCCCUGGGGACCAGCCAAGCAAACAUGGCAGAGGGCCAGCUGAGAGUGGACGCAAAUAUAUCCGUGCAUCACCCCGGGGAGCCCCUCGGCAUCCGCACAGAGGUGAAGAACCUCAACAGCAUCAGGUUCUUGGCCAGAGCCAUAGACUAUGAAAUUCAGAGGCAGAUCAAUGAACUUGAGAAUGGAGGUGAAAUUCUGAAUGAAACUCGCUCAUUUGAUUGCAAGCUGGGUUGCACCGUGCCAAUGAGAGACAAGGAAGGAAAACAAGACUACAGGUUUAUGCCAGAGCCCAACCUGCCUCCCCUGGUGCUCUACGACACAGCAUCUCUGCCCGCGAGAGCACAGCCUCAGCAAGUGAUCAACAUCGACCAGAUUCGGGAGGCGCUGCCCGAGCUCCCCAGCGUGACGCGAGAGCGGCUGGUGCAGCGGUACGGGAUGCUGCCGGAGCACAGCUUCAUGCUGCUGAACGAAGUUGGCCUGCUGCAGUUCUUCCAAAAUGUGAUGAAAGAAACUAGGGCAGAGCCAAAAACGGUGACAAGCUGGGUCCUCAACGUGCUCCUGGGCUAUUUAAAGCACCAGAACCUUGCCGUCAGUGAGAGUCCCAUCACGCCCUCUGCACUCGCUGGACUUCUCGACCUGCUGGACAGUAAGGCAAUUUCUUCGUCAGCAGCUAAACAGGUGUUCGAGGAACUGUGGAAGGGCGAGGGGAAGACCGCAGUGCAGAUUGUUUCAGAGAAGCAGCUGGGACUGAUGCAGGACCGCGAGGCCUUGGAGCAGCUCUGCCAGUCCACGGUGGAGGGACACCCUCGAGUGGUGAUGGAUAUAAAGAAGGGAAACCCCAGAGCUAUAAAUAAACUGAUCGGGUUGGUCCGGAAGGCGGCCCUAAACCGAGCAGACCCAGCUAUGAUAAAGGCCCUCCUGGAGAAGCUGUUGGCGUAAUGUGUGAGGGUUCCUCCUGCCGAGAACUCACUUUCUGUGAGUUGCAUUUCCUGUGCCCUGGUUCUCUGAGACUCUGGGCCUUGGGGUGCAGCUUCCAUGGAAACCAGCAGCCCCCCACAGCCCUUUGCUGCAGCAGCAGUGGUGAGGCAAGGGCACAUUCUGUGGGGUAGUUCUCCGCUGAGUAAAACAUACUUCAGAGACUGACCACUUUGCAAGCACUCCACUGUGCAAUUCCUUCCACGGCCAACGGUGCGUGCUUCCUAAGGCCUGGAUUGUCCCAAGUGCUGGCCAUCAACCAUGAUCAAGAAAGACUGGAAUGUGGAUACAGUAUGUGCAGACCUAAAAGUAGGUUAA